AUGCCUCUCAUUGCGCAGAACCCCCAGCCCAGAGUCAUUCUCGGGCUAAUGACCUUUGGUCCCUCUGAGGACAAGGGUGCCCGGAUUACCUCGCUCGACGAGUACAACAAGUGCCUCGAUUACUUCCAGCAGCAAGGCUUCAAUGAGAUCGACACCGCUCGCAUCUACGUCGGUGGGGAGCAGGAGGCUUUUACGGCCAAGGCGAACUGGAAGUCGCGCGGCUUGACUAUUGCUACCAAAUGGUACCCGCACCAGCCCGGCUUUCACAAGCCGAACAUCCUCCGUGAGAACUUCGAGCUUUCUCUGAAGGAGCUGCAGACUGACACUGUUGAUAUCUUCUAUCUGCAUGCUGCGGACCGCGCGACUCCAUUUGCCGAGACACUCGAGGCUGUCAACCAGUUACACAAGGAGGGCAAGUUUGUUCAGCUUGGUCUGAGUAACUUCACUUCCUUCGAGGUGGCUGAGAUCUGUACGCUGUGCGCUGCCAAUGGAUGGGUUCGUCCUACCAUAUACCAGGCCAUGUAUAAUGCCAUUACACGCAAUAUCGAGACAGAACUCGUCCCUGCCUGCCACCGGUACGGCCUCGACAUAGUCACUUACAACCCUCUAGCCGGUGGUCUCUUCUCUGGAAAAUACAAGACACGCGAUAUCCCCGCCGAAGGCAGAUUCGGCGAGGGAAGCGCAACCGGCUCCAACUACCGCCAACGCUACUUCCGAGAUGCUACCUUCGAAGCUCUUAGCCUGAUCGAGCCCGUUGUGGAGAAGCACGGUCUCACCUUGUUGGAGACUGCUCUUCGCUGGGUGCGACACCACUCUGCGCUACGAAUGGAUAAUGGCGGCCGUGAUGGUGUCCUCGUCGGUGUUAGCAGCUUUGGUCAGCUUGAAACCAACCUUGCUGAUCUCCAGAAGGGUCCUUUGCCUGAGGAGGUUGUUCAGGCUUUGGAUAAGGCUUGGCUUGUUGCCAAGGCCGAGUCACCUGUUUAUUGGCAUCUGGAUCUGAAGUAUACCUACGAUACUCAGAAGGCUUUGUAUGGGCCUAAAUCGGAGGAGAAUCCCCCUGACCACGGCGGAUUCCAUGCAAUAAUCAAGACGAUCAACAACUCCCUCAUCAACGACGCUGUGGCUUCAGAUACCUUUGAGCUCUCAGAGCCACGGGUGAUCUCAACCCCGGACACAGUCCACGAUUCGACUCACGACUCCCAAGACUCAGACGACGAGAUGGCUGUAAAUCGCCCCCCAUUGCACCGACCCACGGAUGGCCGCUCGCAACAACCCCUGCUUAAAGAUGGCCGCCAGGGUCGUCUAUCCCGCUCAAGCUUUGAAAAUGAUGACACAGAAGGCCGGCCCAUGCUGCACCAUACCAGACGCCCUACCAUCCGGAGUAAGAGCCCGGAACACGACGCUGCCCAAGCGACUCGCAAGAAAUAUAUGAUUGCAUCGGGAUUCCUCCUGCUCAGCUUGGCUAGCUUCGUCGUCCAAACGGAGACUGCUUCGUACAUCCAGAAUGAGCUGGGUUGGAAGAAACCCUAUUGCAUGCUCUAUAUGACCCACGGUUCUUGGUCCUUGCUUUGGCUGGUCCAACUCGGAAUCCUUCGAAUCCAAAAACGGAAGAUGUCAUGGGAGGCGUUCUGGCGACGACACGUCUUUCUCCUUCGCACUACUGCGCAAAUGGUUGAAUCCCAGGAUGUACACCUCACCAACCGCUCUUCAAAUAGAUCUCCUAUCCCGUACAUGGUUAAGACCACCGCUUUUGUGACUACUGCGCUCACAAUCGCCGGAGGCUCAUGGUAUGUCGCGGUCAACAUGACGACGGCCAGUGACCUGACAGCUAUUUACAACUGUUCCGCUUUCUUUGCGUACGCAUUCUCCAUUCCUCUCUUGAAUGAGAAGCUACGCUUCGACAAGGUGUUCUCCGUUGCAGUCGCUACUAUUGGUGUGAUGGUCGUUGCGUACGGUGACCGACCUGAGAAGAAGGCCUCCAAAGGGGGCGAUGAUGGAGCCCAGAACAGGCUGCUUGGCAAUAUCGUCAUUGGUAUUGGAAGCGUUCUUUACGGACUGUAUGAGGUGCUCUACAAGCGCUUCGCCUGUCCUCCGGAAGGUACCAGUCCGGGCCGUGGUACAAUCUUUGCCAAUACCUUUGGCAGUCUGAUCGGAGCCUUUACUCUUCUCGUGCUGUGGAUCCCCUUGCCUUUCCUACACUGGACGGGAUGGGAGACCUUUGAAUGGCCCACAGGCGAGGCAGGCCGGAUGUUGAUCGUCUCCGUGUGUGCCAAUGCGACAUUCUCCGGUUCAUUCCUGGUGCUUAUUUCUCUGACAUCACCUGUCCUCUCAUCAGUUGCUGCGCUUCUCACUAUCUUCCUCGUCGCUCUGGUGGACUGGUUCCGAACAGGCGAUCCUCUUUCUAUGGCAUCUAUCAUUGGUGGCAUUUUGAUCAUGGUUGCAUUUUUCAUGCUGAGCUUCAGCACUUAUAGAGAAAUGAACGAGGAGCGCAAGAAGCAUCUCGAGAAUGACGAAGUCGAGUCUGACAGUGAUGCAUAG